AUUUGAAUGUUCAUCGCUUCAUCUUUGACACCAACAACCCCUCCCUUCAUCACCAUAAACCUGGUUCGCCAUACUCAGCUGUGAAUAUAGGCUUGCUUUUGAUUGACCUUUAAAGAGCGAUAGACGCGACUCCCCCACGACAGACCGAAGCCGAUCAGUGAGCGCGACCCUCAUUCCAAGCUCUUCCACCGCACGAGGGCUUUCCCUCCUUAGCCACAAUGGAUAUCAUCACAUCGACAACCCCAGAACAAGCCGUGCGCAUCUCGGCGAAGCGAACUGUCGAGCUUUUCGGCCCCGAAUACCUCAUGGUCGCGCCCUCGGUCGCCAACGGAUCCAUUGGCGUUUCCUACCGACGAAAAGCAGAGUACGACGACGUGAAGGAGCUCCCACCAGCUUUAGCCGCGAAACAAGCACAAGCAGCUGCCGCGCGCUCGAAGCGACCUAAGAUCAGUGCACAGCCGCAGGGACAGGGCGUCGGGGAUAGGAGUGGCGCGUCGACGGCUCUCGUACGGAGAGGUCCUGGGCCGAACGCGGCGGGCGCGGGCGCUGCGGGAGAGGAGAAACCAACGAGCUUGAUUCAGAGGCCGUCAGCUACGCGACAGCAGCCUCCUGAUUGGCAUGCGCCAUGGAAACUGAUGAGGGUGAUUUCGGGUCACCUGGGAUGGGUGCGGAGUUUGGCGGUGGAACCAAAUAACGAGUGGUUUGCGAGUGGUGCUGGUGACCGGACGAUCAAGAUUUGGAAUCUUGCGACAGGUGGUUUAAAGUUGACUCUUACGGGUCACAUCUCGACUGUUCGUGGUUUGGCCGUGUCUCCACGACACCCUUAUCUAUUCUCCUGCGGUGAGGACAAGAUGGUCAAGUGCUGGGAUUUGGAGACGAACAAGGUCAUCCGACACUACCAUGGACAUUUGAGCGGAGUCUACACACUUGCACUGCACCCCAGGCUCGACUUGCUGGUCACUGGUGGUCGAGACGGUGUCGCCCGCGUCUGGGACAUGCGCACCCGAAGCAACGUCCACGUCCUUUCCGGCCACAGCGGUACCGUCGCCGAUGUCCAAUGCCAAGAAGCAGACCCCCAGGUCAUAACCGGCUCCCUCGACGCGACCGUCCGCAUGUGGGAUCUCGCAGCCGGCAAGACAAUGGGCGUCCUCACGCACCACAAAAAGGGCGUCCGCGGGCUAGCCACGCACCCGCGCGAAUUCACCUUUGCAAGCGCCAGCACGGGGAGCAUCAAGCAAUGGAAGUGCCCCGGCGGCGAAUUCAUGCAGAACUUUGAGGGCCACAACGCCGUCAUCAACACCCUCUCUGUCAACGAGGACAACGUCCUCUUCUCCGGCGGCGACAACGGCUCCAUGUCCUUCUGGGACUGGAAGACCGGGUACCGCUUCCAGUCUAUUGAUACCAUGGCGCAGCCCGGUUCGCUCGAUGCCGAGGCUGGUAUCAUGGCUUCUACGUUUGACCGCACAGGAUUGCGUCUUAUUACCGGUGAGGCUGAUAAGACGAUCAAGGUCUGGAAGCAGGAUGAGGACGCUACGCCCGAGACGCACCCGGUGACCUGGGCUCCGACACUCGGGAGACAGAGGUAUUAGCUUGCCUGCUUGCUUCUCUUAAUCUCGAAAAAAAAAAAACACGUUCUUAAUAAAUAAGGAAAUAUACCCUUCCCUUCCUGCCUGCCUGUUGGUCUUCGGGUCUGUGAUGUGACGGCACACAUACAAUGCACAUUUGGCGUUUAGCGGUUUUCUUGUUCUUGUUGUGCUGGUUUGGGGGUUUCUGUCCUUUGCUCUAUAGAUGAGCAGCACCAGAUUAAAAAUGGUCACGGGAUUCUUGAUAUAUUGAAUGUACUACUAUACAGCCAAAACGUGAUGAAUUUGUCUCGAUUGGUCCAUUUACCUGAAAGCCACGCUUCGUCAAAAUAGACCUACCUUGAGAUGGCGUUCCCUGUUUACGCAACCCUACCUGAGACCUGUCAGUUUUCGCAACUGAUCUUCAGAAAGUUGUGGGAAUCUAAGCCAAUAGGGAUUCAGAAUCUUGCAUUGUAGCCGACUGCUUAUCAACGAAUUGAUCCACAAAGUUGUUCUGGUUCCAAUGUGCUGCUUCUUCGUGGUCACUGUUCCAUCGUAGGACAGUGAGUGGACAGACUCUUGUGCUGGGACACCAGAGUCCGAAGAGUGAGUCGAGAGCGCUGCCAGCGUUUUGAGAUCAUGUAAGAGAACCGGGUCGAUGACAUCUCAAGGCCGUUGCGGGUCGGUAGAGAGAAAGAUAGCUUGUGGAACUCAUGAAGAGGAGCUGCGUGGAGAUGCAGGUACCGCAAUGAUUCUAUGCGUGUGUAGGUGUAGGAGCGCACGUUCCUAUUUUUUUACUUCGACCAACUAAUCACUUAAUCAUCACGUAUUAAAGUCCCUAGGCAUCUAGAAGCAAGAUGAACGUUCGCACCCUAGUAGUAGGAUAAAAGCUUGUUCCAGUGCUUUGGGACCAGUCUUAUACACCAAGCUCUGCGUAGCACAUCCGUAG